UAUUCCGCUUUGAAAGUUGCAGUGCAGCUCUGUAACUCUUGAAAACAAAAACAAUCAAAAAAUGCAGCGCAUUCUCAGUCUUCCUAUCUUGGCCAUCCUCGCCUUGGCUCUUUCCAUUCUGAUCGUGAAUGGAAGUCCAGAGAUCAACAGGCGUCAACUGACGCCAGCUGCGACUAACACCACCACCACUACCAAACCGACAUCUAACACCACAGCCACAUUACCCACAGCAGGCUCAACAAACCCCACAACUUCGUCGGCUCUUACCGACAAGUCUGCCAACACCACAAAGACUGCCGCUCCGGUUGGAGCGAAACACAGCAGCGUGGGCCAAACCAGUUCCAAUUCCAUGGUCACUUUUGCUAUGGCCUCGUUAUCAAUCUGUGCUGCCAUCGUCGCUUAGGGAAUUCAGACUGAAGAGCGACAAAUGCGCAGCGAUUACCUGAAUACGGAACAGUGGCGAUGGGAUUUUGCACAACCUGAAAAAUGUUCACC